AUGGUGGUGACGGCUCAUUUUAUUGACUCGGAUUUCAACUUACACAAGAGGGUGCUCAACUUUUGUAAAAUUACUUCUCAUAAGGGUGAAGACAUAGGAAGGUGUCUCGAAGAGAAGUUGGUCGAAUGGGGCAUAAGUAAGGUGUUCACCAUUACCGUAGAUAAUGCAAGUUCCAAUGAUGUGGCCGUGGAGUAUUUGAAGAAGCAACUACGGAAGCAUGAUAGUCUUAUGCUUGAUGAAAACUUGCAUAUGAGGUGUGCUCGUCACAUUAUUAACUUGAUUGUGAAGGAUGAGAUGAAAGAGUUAGUAGAUUCCAUUGAAGCCAUCCGAAAUUGUGUGAAGUAUAUUCACUCUUCUAGUGCGAGGUUGUAUAAGUUUCGGGAGUAUGCCAUCUUAGAGAAGAAGGACAAAAUGUCAACUAUCCCGAUGGAUGUUGUGACUCGGUGGAAUGCCACGUACAUCAUGCUUCAUGGUGCAUACAAUUUUAAAGGGGAGCUUGGCUACACUCUUGAUGAAGUUGAGCACCUCAAGAGUCGGGUGAAAACACAUUUGUACCUUAUGUAUGAAACUGAUAAGGGAACGAAAAAGUCACAUGUGAAUGUGCAUGAGGAUGGGGAUGAUGGUGUUGAUCUUGGUGAUGAUGAUGAUAUUGAUGAUGAUGAUGUGGAAUUGAGGAUAGAGCGGAGACUUAAUAGGCAAAGAAAGGAAGCAAAACUCAAAGAGAUAGUUAAUGAAGUUGACAAGUUGCUAAGGAUGUACUUGUUUUUGCUAGUUUUGACCGUUGCUAGUGAAAAUGCCUUUAGUCUUGGAGGAAGGAUUGUGGAUCCGUUUAGAGCUUCUUUGACAUCUAGGAUGGUCGAGGCCUUAGUUUGCACAAAUGAUUGGCUUAGAGGAGAGGAAUUUCAAUUUCACAAGGAGCCUACGGAAGAAGAGCUUGAGUUCUACAUGGAACUCGAACAAUUGGAACAAAGUAUUCCCAAUACAAAUGAAAUGCCACCACCUCCAUCUAAAACUAAAAGUGCAAAUCCACCCGAGUCCGGAGUUAAUAAAUUAUCAUCCCAUCCAUCUCGAGGGGGGAAAGGGGGAAGGGGUCGAUCAAAUCGUGGUGGACGUGGAGGUGGUGCUACAUCAUCGAGCAAAUUACUUGAUGAGCCGGACGGUCGUCCUCUCACAGGUGUUUCAACAGGCUCACUUGACCUUAAGAUGUCUCAGCUUCCAGUUUUGAGGUCAAGUUUCCAUGGAAUAAAGGUCGGCUGUGUGCAGAUCAAUCCUAUUCACAGAACAAGACCUCAGACCUUGUCUUGUGCAUAUAAAAGGCCUCACAACGGUCGUAACACGAAGAAACAAGAACCGUUACCUCAGAAUGUGGAUCUCCCACAGAUACUUCCUAGGAAGAAGAAGAAGCCAUUUGCCAUUCCAAUCAAGCAGAUUCAGCAAGCUGGAAGAGCUGAUAAGAAGCUUGCACAGAUGGGAAUCGAAAAGCCUCUAGAGCCCCCCCAAAAUGGACUUCUGCUACCCAAAUUGAUUCCGGUAGCUUAUCAAGUUAUUGAUGCUUGGAAAGUUUUGAUCAGAGGAGUUGCACAGCUCAUGCAUGUUAUUCCUGUCCAUGCUUGUAGUGAAUGCUCGGAAAUUCACAUCGCUGGGGUAGUUCAUGACAUUCAGGACUGCCGUGGCCAGUCGAGCGGGACCCGUAAGGGCUCGCACUCGUGGAUAAAGGCCUCCAUCAAUGACGUGCUCGUGCCCAUUGAGUCGUACCACAUGUUCGACCCGUUUGGCCGCCGGAUCAAGCACGACACCCGGUUCAACUACGAUCGGAUACCCGCCGUGGUUGAGCUCUGCAUCCAGGCUGGCGCUGAGGUCCCUGGUUACCCGUCACGAAGAAGGAUGGAGCCUAUCAGGAUGCUCGGCAAGAAAAUUGUCAACCUGACCUACGAGCCCGAGCCUUGUUGCUCUCCCGGCCCGCUGGCUGCAGAGCUCGACACGUAUCGGGCCUCAGAGAGAUUUCCUCCCCCGGACGGGCACGAGGUUCCCAGGAUCUCACAGGAGACUCUGGACGCGUAUAUGAAGGUGAAGCGAGGAGUGACGAGGCUGAUGAGCAAGUACAGUGUGAAGGCGUGCGGGUACUGCCCGGAGGUGCACGUUGGCCCGUUUGGCCACGACGCGAAGCUUUGCGGGGAGUUUAAGCACCAGUGGAGGGAUGGGAAGCACGGGUGGCAGCAUGCCACAGUGGACGAGGUGUUCCCGCCGAACUACGUGUGGCACGUCAGUGACCCGGAGGGCCCGGCGCUGACGAACGCGCUCAGGAGAUUCUAUGGGAAGGCUCCGGCUGUUGUUGAGCUGUGCGUGCAGGCGGGUGCUCGUGUGCCCAAUGAGUACAGGCCGAUGAUGAGGCUCGACAUCGUGAUGCCGGAGGACGAGGAAGCUCGUUUGGUGGCCUAG